CUCUUGACCACAGAAAACCAACAACAAGAACAUGAGCAUCAGACUGUGUGACGUUGAGGAGCUGAUUCCUCACUGGCAGAAGAAGCUAUCCGUCACAGCAAUGGACUCAGAUUAGCUCCUGACAGUAUAUAAAUCACAAGCUAAAUUGGUAUCUGAUAAAAACCACCUUUACUUUUGCGGUAAUUCCACGCAUUUCUGGAAUACAUGAGUGACGUUAUUGGAUGCCUUGUGUUCUCAAGUUGUUCAAAAAAUAAAACAUCAAAGAUAAGGUUUAAAAAAGGUUUAGUCAAAUCAAAUGAGUCACACGUGUUACUCCUGAAGCCAGCUGAUGAAGAGCAGACAUUUGAUAAUUUACUUUCACUUUCAGUUCCACUAGAUUCCAGCUCAUAUUCUUUGCCAUCAGAAAACCAUCAACGUCAACUCAUCAAAAAAUACUAUUGCGAAUUCAUGUCACUUCCCUCCAGCACGCAGAGGUUGCCACACCGUGUGCAUCAUGACUCACAAUGAGGUGCCAUAAUCACUGGGGGGUAAGGAAGUCCCACACAAACACAGGAAGUGCUGCAUUUCACACGGAGGGACAGAGAGUCUGAGGUCUGUGCCGCUGAUCUGGAGAUGAGAUUAACCUGGCUGAGAGUCGCUUCAUUGUUGCUGGUGACAGCGUAGGCCCUGAAUCCCUUGUGAAAAAUUUUGAAAUUUCGGUCUAUUAAGAGACUAAGGAAGUAAUAAAACAGCACGAAUGUGCAACCAAUUGAAACGCUGUCAAAUUAAGAGCGAAAGUAGUUCUUGUUGUAUUUGCUGUGUGAUGUCGAAAGACUUUGGCUGUCCAACACAAUACUCUUUCAAACGUUUCUUGCCUUUGGUUUUAUCUGGAGUAAACAAUAAUGACAACUAAUUUACCAUAAUCUCACUGUCGUUUGCAUAGUUUAACCAUGAGAUCUGUAGACUAUGUAAACUAUGGUAAUGCAAAUGGUAAUUUACAAAAAAAAUCACAAUUACAACAAUUACAAUUAAAACCAUUUUUCAUGAGGGAGUGACUGAUAUGCAAAUGUUUCUGGCUAUAAUGGAAUGAAAAGAGUGCACGUUUCCAUAUUUAUGGAGUUCCUCAUCUGAGCAUAUCUGUCAUUACCACAACAUAGUUAACUCAUGUUAGAAUAAUGUCAUUGACCCGAGUGCUUCUGACCGUGGAAGGUUAUCAGUGUGGAAGAAUUCUGACCAGAUGACAAUGCAAAUGGACCACCCACUGUUACUGAAGCACUGAUAUUGUAGUCCACCAUUACCUUAACUUCAUUCCCUUUUCUCCCCAUUAUUUUAUAGGGGACCAAUUAGCAAGUUCAGCGCUAUAAUAACAUAUGGUGAGUAUUGACACUGUAAUCAAAUGAGCGAAUGACAGCAGCGGCAGAAAUGAUUUAUUCUUACUGAAAUACAACCUAAAUUUAUUAGAUGCACUAUUCUUUUAUUAUGAGGUGUUUUACAUGUAUUUCUUUUAAUUGCUUCUAUAUACCUAUUGUUGAUUAUACACUACAUAAAUAAUACACAUAUUAUCCACAAAAUAUAUGAUUGAUGGGUGAUUUGCAAUUAACUGGAAUAACUGUACCAUCAUUAAACUGCCUGUGUAAUAGUUAUACAAGAAUCAACCCAGCCAAUAACGUUUUAGAUGGUGUAUAGCUUGUAUAGGAUCACCACUGUCAAGACACUAUUCACAUACUGUACAAACAGCUGAAAAAUGCUUUAUUGUAAAAAUGCACCACACACUUUCAUCUGUUCUUCCUCCUACAUGUCCUCCUGUGAGCUCAGAGAACUGACUGAGUAAGAAUAGAGUAGUAGAGUAGAGAAGAGUAUCUGUUACAAAUGGUAAAUGAACUUGAAUCCACAACAUUUCACCACUGGUUUAUAUCACCUCCCUCAUAGGUUCAUCACAGGAAUCUUUCACACACCACACCAGGAAAUACUUUCUAUGCGCCUUGUUUACACUAUAGCGCCAUCUGGUGGACAUCGAGUGAAAUUCCCUUACUACACCAUGGGGAAUUCUGUAUAAUUGUAAAUGCGAAACUCUUAACAGAUUAAAAAUGCAUCUUCAAAUAAUUAAUUCUUAUUAAAAUGAUUGUAUUCUCUAUAAACGCACCCUCAACGAAUAUCUGUAGCGUUCGAAACUCAAUACAAAACCAUUCAUUUCAUCCUCACGUAUUUCCCAUGAAUAUGUAAUCAAUUUUAUAAACCACUAGAUGUCCCUAUCUCAUCGGAAUAAUUGCGAUCAAUUAUGCAAACCUACAGUACAGUGACAAUUUUUUCUUGUGAUAUAUUGUGGCAUCAUGUGAAAUUUCAUCACUUAUUGUUUUGUAAUGUUGUUAAGAAGACUGUUGUUAAGAACGAAAUGCACUCUAGUUUUAUUAUAUGAUUUUGUUAUAGGCCUAACUAUAAUUCCUACAUAAAAUCGUGUGAUUCGUUUUGUUUUAAAUACACCAUGAAUUUAUAAACAUGAGGUACACAAAAUUAUUUUUAAAAAGUUAAAAAGAUUUUCCCAUUCUCCACCAAACGAAUUGCAGUGAACUUUUGAGCGGUUUGGGUAAAAUGCUAUUUAAAAAAAUAAAGAUGACAAAAGCUUUAACAACGAUCUCUCUUCAUGCGUUAAAUAUUUACUUUUAUGUAAUUUAAAAAUGUCCUGUCCAAGUUGCCUAAAAGGGCGGAACAAGAAAAAAACAAAAAGACCACGUGUUUCAACGAUCUAUUGAAUCACCUACGUAGACAGCAUAAAAAGGUUCACGCGUAGUAGCUCUAAACUAAUUUCAAAAUACGCUGUAUUUCUUUCUACCUACCAGGUUAAAAAUGCUGUCGGGAAUUUAGACAGUAUAAAAACUUGAAUAAAAUCAUUUAACAGAUAUGACGCUGAACUAAAAUGCUGACUAGCUAGGCAGCUCACACUGUUUAGGACACCGCCUAGUUCUCAUGAAUCCCCAUUGGUCAGACUAGCGCUUCCACUGCCACAAUACUGCACACACGUGACCCUGCUUUUCUGUACACACACAGUAAAACACCCAGCUGGCAGUUAAAAGACAACGCCAUGACGUUUUGACCAACAAUCUUACCCCACAUUCACAAAAACACCAUGAACCAUCUCCGUUGACAAACGCACGUUGUUCUGACCCGCGAUGGCAAGCGCGCUGCAGAUGAAACACUCCAGUCUGGAGCACACGCGGAAGCGCGUGAUAGAUCCACGGAGGAGGCAAGCCGCGCUCUCAUUCCUCAGCAACAUCUCUCUGGACGGACGACCCGUGCAGGACGACGGGGAUAAUCGGACGGAGCAGGAUGACAGCUCGGUUUUGGAGGCGAGGACUAGACAGAGCCUGGUUUCUGCAGUGGGCCAGCAGCAGCAGCAGCAGCAGUCGUUGGCCGCAGCAGCGAACCAGGCUCUCAGCAGUGCCCGAGCUGCGGGCUUCGUCAGCGCGACCGCUGCUGCUCCUCCUCUUGCGUGCAGUGCGGAUGUGGAGGGGGAUGCAUGCAGCGCUCAGGUGAUCCAUUCUGUGUUCAGCUCCCCUUUUUCUGCAGUGCCACCGGCUACGAGGGGGAGACUCCAGACGUUCACUCAGGGAAUCCUGCCUGUGUCUUACGCCAGGCAGUCCAGCCAGAACUGCUGCUUGGAGGGGGGACAGAUUGCCAACUCUGCCCUGGAGCUGCAGCGAUCCAGACGGAGACUAAUAUCGCAGAGGUCUUCACUAGAAACUUUGGAGGAUAUUGAGGAGAACGCUCCCCUACGCAGAUGCCGAACUUUAUCAGGUUCACCCCGACCAAAGAGUUUCAAGAAGGUCCACUUCAUCAAAAACAUAAGGCAACACGAUAUGCGCAAUGGAAGGAUAGUCCUUAUCAGUGGCAGAAGAUCCUUCUAUAGUGUUUUUUCUGUCCUGCCCUAUCGAGAUUGUAGCCAAACAGGGGAUGUGAAGGCAGAAAGCGGACGCCAACGACACCCUUCAGGCAGCAUGAGUGCCAAGGAGAUGGUAAUCGGCCUGGAGGGUGUUGAAUUGGGUGCAGAUGGCAAGACUGUUUCCUACACACAGUUCCUGUAUCCAACCAAUGUCCUGGGUCGUCGAAACACCAUUGACUCCACAUCGUCCUUCUCACAGUCCCGUAAUGCCAGUCACCGAAGCCUCAGUUUGGCACGUGCCAACAGUACCCAGAGUAACCUUGAUACAGGGAAUGAACUGGGUGAUUUCAGGGAGUACGACCCAAAUCUUCUGGAUGACCCGCAAUGGCCAUGUGGAAAGCACAAAAGAGUGCUUAUCUUUCCCUCAUACAUGACAACAGUCAUUGAGUACGUCAAGCCAUCUGACCUCAAGAAGGACAUGAAUGAGACCUUUAAGGAGAAGUUCCCUCACAUUCGGCUAACGCUGAGCAAGAUAAGAAGUCUCAAGAGGGAGGUCCGCAAACUAGCUCUGGAGGAGUGUGGAUACGAGGAGUCCACAGUGGCCAUGGCUUUCGUUUACUUUGAGAAGCUGGUAUUGCAGGGUAAACUCCACAAACAGAACCGUAAGCUCUGCGCUGGGGCCUGCAUCCUGCUGGCAGCCAAGAUCGGGGGAGACUUAAAGAAACACGAAGUCAAGAUUCUCAUUGAUAAACUGGAGGAGAGGUUUAGGGUGAACCGACGAGAGCUGAUCGCCUUCGAGUUCCCCGUUCUGGUGGCCCUGGAGUUCAACCUGCACCUCCCUGAGCAUGAGGUCAUGCCCCAUUAUAGACGCCUCCUGCAAAACUCCUAGCAAAAGCCCCCCAUCAGGGGAGUCCUCCUCUCCUGAUCAUUUCAUCCCAAGAUAUCCUCGGCCCUAUGCACAUCACCAACAUCCACAAUCAUCUGCAGAUGUUGGAAUGAAGACACUAUUUCACCUGUUUUCAAAGACGUCUUUUUAGCCAAAGUGACAACUUUAUAUUGACCAUUUGUUUUUACCUUUAAAAGCUACUUUCUGAAGGGACUAACUUUACUUUAAAUGUUUCUUUAGUUUAAUUUUGCCUGUUCAUUGCCUGUUACGCUAAGGUGCAAUUGCAUUUUAAACUCAUAUGCUGUUUUUUGUUUCAGUAGAAGAUUAAAGGGAGAUUUUUUAAGAUCUUCACACAGACCUUUGCUUCCAGAUGCUUCACGAGAUCACACACUACAAAAAGAACAAAAAAAUGUGACUCCUGAAGGUGCUGGGUACUUUUUUCUUUUUGGAGUAUGACAAAUGUGGUCUCUGUGGUUGUACGGAAAAGAGCAGUGUGAAGAUUUUUUUAAUAUCUUUUUUUGUAUUCUAGAGAAAUAAAAACAGCAUAUCAGUUAGAAAAUGACGAUGAUCGUUUUGUUUUGAGCUCAAUCAUUCACAAUACCUGACCACCCGUAUUCUGAACAAAUUUAAGCUGUUUGAGUUUGCUGUUAUUGCCACAGAUUACAGUAUUCCUGUAUUUUCCUGUUCGGAACGUUCACAUCUUCCUUCAUCUCUGCCAAGUAUGAGUCGUUUCUCCGCACUUGAUCUCUUGGUUGAAAGCCUUAAAGAGUCGAAUGAUCUUAAACCUUUUCUCUUACGUACUACAAGUGCACUUUUGGGUAUGGCGGACCUGUAUGGCACCUAAAGAAGCUCUAGGUGGAGGGGUCUUCAUCUCAUUCCUUUAUUUACAUUCGUUUUACCAGCAUUCCCUCUUUUACUAUCACUACCAGGCAAAAACGUGUCGCAGAGAGUAACAGCGGCGUCUUUGGUGGGAGUUUUAUGCAGUACUUAAGGGGCAGGUUGACGUCCCCCUGAUGUUUUUCUACUCUUGUGUGUUGAUUUUGACAAUGUGGUGGUGUGGCUUGCUGCACUCUUGGAUUAAUGUGUUGGUGCUCUAUAUUAGAGUGUAUUCUGAGUACAUUUGUAGUGCUGCACUAUAUGAAGCAACAUCAGGUCAUAUCGCUGAAAGUCAACGCUAACUGUGUUGCCUAAGUGGGAACAGCAGAGUGGAAAGGUCAUCUAUGUGACUAAUACGCUACGGUGUUGACUAAUGCAUGCACACCAAAGCAGUGUUAAAAGUGACUUUCAAAUCAUCAUUUGUUUGAUUUGAUUAAUUUAAAUCGGUUUAAAUCAGUUUCUGUUUGACUUUUUUUGUAUCACAGUUGCUGGUCCAUAUGUUUGUGUAAGCUGGAUUUGUUUCACAGCACAGUCUGUGUAAUUACAUUCGCCCGUAUGUUCUUUAAGAAGUAUGUCUAAAGUGUGUUAUGUUCACUAUGCACUACUCGGUUCCACAAAUCAGUUUCGAGCAAGAGUUAUAGACUGACACUUCUGAACUUCUCAAUGACAAGGAAAUAAACACUUUUAGAUUAACAAUGGAAAACUUGCAUUGUUACCCGCAUUGUAAGAUAAAUAAUGCCUAGAAUGUGACGACUUUGUGGCAAAGUUAUUGCGAAUAAGAUUUGGCCUUUUGAAAUGCACUUUAGGAUUUGUUAGCAAGUUACUUGGAUGCCCAGAACCGAUGAAACGUUUGUAAAAUGCAAAACCAUUUGUGUAAAUAUGCUGCUUUGCUUGUUCAAUUAAAAAACUAAAUUUUGACCUUUAUUGUGAGGCUGUGCUAAUUUUAGAAGUCUUAACUACAUUACAUAUUCUUAUAAAUUGUCAUACCAUACAUUUUAUCUUUGGCCUUGGAAUAUUUUAACAUUAUACCUUUGAUAGGAAUUAGAAGACAAAAUGCAGCAUAUGCUACACGUGUCUUAAAAGCUGCUUUAAGGUUCAUUCAAAUGGAUGGUGAAUUAUUAUUUUAUACUCCAAACAUGAGUAGUUAUUUUGAUCAUUGAGAUGUACAAUAAA